ACAAACUCGUAUUUCACGAUUGCAGCGUGCCGGUUCGUGUAAAGUUUUGUUUAUAGUUGCUCUGCUUAGUUAUAUCUUAAAGAACAAAGAUGAAGAUCGAAGAAGUGAAAAGUACCACAAAAACUCAACGAAUCGCUACACAUAGUCACAUUAAGGGAUUAGGUUUGGAUGAAAAUGGCUAUGCAAUUCAGAAUGCGGCUGGUUUAGUUGGACAAGAACUUGCUCGAGAGGCAGCUGGUGUUGUUGUAGAACUUAUUAGAUCAAAGAAGAUGGCAGGUAGAGCUGUAUUGUUGGCAGGACCUCCAGGAACUGGCAAGACUGCUAUAGCGCUAGCUGUUGCCCAGGAAUUAGGAUCAAAAGUGCCUUUCUGUCCUAUGGUUGGUAGUGAAGUAUACUCAACCGAGAUUAAAAAGACUGAAGUAUUGAUGGAGAACUUCAGACGAGCUAUUGGACUCAGAAUCAAAGAAACAAAGGAAGUCUAUGAAGGAGAAGUGACUGAGAUGUCUCCAGUUGAAACAGAAAAUCCAAUGGGAGGGUAUGGUAAGACGGUAAGCCAUGUUGUCAUUGGUUUGAAAACCGCCAAAGGAACAAAACAACUUAAGUUAGACCCAUCUAUAUAUGAAAGUCUACAGAAAGAGAAAGUAGAAGUUGGUGAUGUUAUUUACAUUGAGGCUAACAGUGGUGCAGUGAAGAGACAAGGAAGAUCAGAUUCCUAUGCCACAGAGUUUGAUUUAGAAGCUGAGGAAUAUGUACCUCUUCCUAAAGGUGAUGUUCACAAAAAGAAAGAAGUCAUACAAGAUGUUACACUCCAUGAUUUAGACAUAGCUAAUGCUAGACCACAGGGAGGACAAGAUAUUAUGUCGAUGAUGGGCCAGUUAAUGAAACCAAAGAAAACAGAAAUUACAGAUAAGUUGAGAAAAGAAAUCAAUAAAGUAGUAAACAAAUAUAUAGACCAGGGUAUAGCUGAACUUGUGCCAGGAGUAUUAUUUAUAGACGAAGUACACAUGUUAGAUAUAGAAUGUUUUACCUACCUUCACAGAGCUUUAGAAUCAACGAUAGCACCAAUUGUUAUAUUUGCAACAAACCGAGGGAAAUGUACAAUUAGAGGAACUGAAGAUAUUGUUGCACCUCAUGGAAUUCCUCUUGAUUUAUUGGACAGAGUGAUGAUUAUUAGAACAUUACCUUACUCAGAGGAAGAAAUGGUCCAGAUCUUAAAGAUCAGAGCAACAACAGAAAACAUUUCGUUAGAUGAAGAAUCAGCCCUGUCAUUAGGAAAGAUUGGUGUACAGACAACAUUAAGGUACUCAGUGCAGUUACUGACACCAUCAAAUCUCUUAGCAAAAAUCAAUGGAAAAGAUGCCAUUUCAAAGGAGGAGAUUGAAGAAAUCAAUAAACUUUUCUAUGAUGCUAAGGCAUCAGCCAAAAUAUUAGCAGAACAAGAAGACAAAUAUAUGAAAUAAAUGAAACAAUACUUCAGGAUAAAUAUGAAAUCUGGAUAUUAUUUAAUACAAAGUAAAAGUAUCAACAAAAUAGAGAUGCAGCUUUAGAACUCCACAAUUGAAAAUGUUUUCAGAAUAUUUGUAUUUACUUGACAUAUUUGAUAUAAGUGAAUUUAUUAGGCAAGAUUCAAAAAUGUUUUCUGGUUUUAUUGUGUUUUAGGGUUGCUGUAUCACACACUCAUCUUUUUAUUCAUUUUUAAACAGUUCAGCAUAGAAAUUUGUUAGCUAAGUGUUGAAUAAAUGUAUGAAAUAUUUGUGCAAUGUAUCAUUGAUAACAUGGAAAAUGAGUAUUUUCACUACAUUAGAUUUAAGUUGGUUAAGAACAUUUACAUUAAGAUCUGAUCAAUGUGUUCUUGUUUUAUUGAAAUUGUUAUGGACAUUGUAAAUAGUCAUUUAUUUUUGUCUUUAUAUUUGUUUUGUAAAAAUUUAUCAUGACCAAUAAUAUGAAAAGAAA